CGCGCGCGCUGACGUCGCGCAGCCUCUUCCCCUCCGCCGCCGGCCCGCUGCGCCGCCGCGCCGCCGCCGCCCAUUGGAGUCGGUGCCUCCUCAGCGCGUCCGUGUCCGCGUCCCGGCUCGCCGCUGCCGCCCGCCUGCGCCCCGCGCGCUCUGCAGCCGCCGCCUGGCCAGCGCCCGGACUGGGCGGCGGGGUCCGGGGCCGCGCGAGCGGAGGUGACAGGCCCGGCUCGCGGGAGCCCAAGCCGGCGGGCGCCUCGGCCCCGCGCCGCGCCGCGCCGUUCAUGAAGCAUGUCGGCCACCAGCGUGGACCCCCAGCGAACAAAAGGACAGGAUAACAAAGUACAAAAUGGUUCUUUGCAUCAGAAGGAUACAGUCCAUGAUAAUGACUUUGAGCCCUACCUUUCUGGACAGUCAAACCAGAGCAACAGCUACCCCUCGAUGAGCGACCCCUACCUGUCCAGCUACUACCCACCAUCCAUCGGAUUUCCUUACUCCCUCAACGAGGCCCCGUGGUCCACGGCGGGGGACCCUCCAAUUCCAUACCUCACCACCUACGGACAGCUCAGUAACGGAGACCAUCAUUUUAUGCACGAUGCUGUUUUUGGGCAGCCCGGGGGUCUGGGGAACAACAUCUAUCAGCAUAGGUUUAAUUUUUUCCCUGAAAACCCUGCGUUCUCAGCAUGGGGCACAAGUGGGUCUCAAGGGCAGCAGACGCAGAGCUCCGCAUACGGGAGCAGCUACACUUACCCGCCAAGCUCCCUGGGUGGCACAGUGGUCGACGGGCAGACGGGCUUUCACAGCGACACCCUCAGCAAGGCCCCCGGGAUGAACAGCCUGGAGCAGGGCAUGGUCGGCCUGAAGAUCGGGGAGGUCAGCACCUCUGCAGUCAAGACCGUGGGCUCUGUCGUCAGCAGCGUGGCGCUGACUGGUGUUCUUUCCAGCAGUGGUGGGACAAAUGUGAGCAUGCCGGUUUCUAAGCCGACCUCCUGGGCUGCCAUCGCCAGCAAGCCUGCGAAACCACAGCCCAAAAUGAAGGCCAAGAGCGGGCCUGUGAUGGGGAGUGCACUGCCCCCUCCACCUAUAAAGCAUAACAUGGACAUUGGCACCUGGGAUAACAAGGGGCCCAUGCCCAAGGCCCCAGCCCCACAGCAGGCACCGUCCCCACAGUCUGUCCCGCAGCCCCAGCAGGUGGCUCAGCCGCUCCCAGCUCAGCCUCCCCCUUUGGCCCAGCCACAAUAUCAGAGCCCUCAGCAGCCCCCACAAACCCGCUGGGUUGCCCCUCGCAACAGAAACGCAGCAUUUGGGCAGAGUGCAGUGGCUGGCAGUGAUAGUAACUCUCCCGGAAAUGCCCAGCCUAACUCUGCCCCCAGUGUAGACUCCCACCCCGUCCUUGAAAAACUGAAAGCCGCCCACUGCUACAAUCCUAAAGAGUUUGAUUGGAAUCUGAAAAGCGGGCGUGUGUUCAUCAUAAAGAGCUACUCCGAGGAUGACAUCCACCGUUCCAUCAAGUACUCCAUCUGGUGUAGCACAGAACAUGGCAACAAGCGCUUAGACAGCGCUUUCCGCUCCAUGAGCAGCAAGGGGCCCGUCUACCUGCUCUUCAGCGUCAACGGGAGUGGGCAUUUCUGUGGGGUGGCCGAGAUGAAGUCCCCAGUGGACUACGGCACCAGUGCUGGGGUCUGGUCUCAGGACAAGUGGAAGGGGAAGUUUGACGUGAAGUGGAUUUUUGUCAAGGACGUGCCCAACAGCCAGCUCCGGCACAUCAGACUAGAGAACAACGACAACAAACCGGUCACAAACUCGCGAGACACGCAGGAGGUGCCCUUAGACAAAGCCAAACAAGUGCUGAAGAUCAUCGCUUCCUACAAGCACACGACCUCCAUCUUCGACGACUUUUCUCACUACGAGAAGCGCCAGGAGGAGGAGGAGGUGGUGCGCAAGGAACGGCAGAAUCGAAACAAACAAUAAAGACAAGCUGGUUUCUUAUUUGUUCUAACAUUGGACUUUGAAAAACAGUUUUAAAAACGUGUGCUUGGUCAGCUCCAGCGUGUUGUCCUGUGCAGAGGUUGAGUGUUGCAUCUUUUACCUUCUUUGUAGUUUAUUUUUGCCCAGAUGAAUCUGCGUUCGUUUGUAUUUUUUCUAUGUAUUAUGAUAUUGUAGAACUCACUAAUAAAGGAGUAUUUUUUUUUGUCAGCUUA